CCCACUUUCAAUAUAUCGAAUCACAUAAAAUCCGAGGUAUCCAUAAUUCAACGAUAACGAAAAAGAAAAAAGUAUUGUUUGACGAUUACAAGACUGAGGACCCACGGCAAACCGCGGGAUGAGCGGAUCCCGAGAUGAUCGGAGGAUGAGCCUGUUGUUGAUACCAUGCCGCGUCUCCACCGGGUAAAUAAACAACAUGAACGUCUGGGGAAUCGGGGACCCAUUGGCCACCGAGUGCAAACUUUAGCCAUUCAUCAAAAAUGGGACCGUGGAUGUCGACGGUCCGCACAAAGCCUGAGCUUGUUGCGUCUGCCUGUUGCUAGUGAAAAAGUUAGUUCCUCCCGGAAGGACUGAGCCGGGACCAGUAGGCGUCGAGGGAGACAGCAUUGGCGCUCAUUCCACAGCCUGCUCUGAGCGCGCGAGUAAAGCGCUGCUCCGUAUGACGGAUCAGAUGAGACGGCGAUGGAGCAGUGGACUGAGCUCAUGGAGAGGGGCCGCCAUUCCAUGCAAGGGGAGCUUCGCGUGGCUCUUUGAUAGGCUCCAACAAUGGACAAUGACCGGAUAUGGCGCAAGUGGGCCUGACUCGCGGCGGCACUGGCUGGCCGGGACUUCCGAAAAGCCGUACCACAUUGGCGUUGAUUUUUCACAAAGGCUGCAUGGUUCUUUGGUUCAGGUCACAGACCAGGUCAUGAAGAGCGACAUGGUCUGUGGUGUGUUGAGUGGUCCAUCCUCUCGAGUGGCGCUUUUGGGUCUGGCGCAGGGGCGACCCCGGAAUCGUUUCCCCUCUUCCCAACAAGCGCCGGAUCUCACAGAUGAUGGGACACGACAGGAACUGCAGGUAAUAGCCUGAAUGUAACUUUGGGUGUUCUGGAUGGUCGUACGAGGAAGUUCAAUAAUGUAUGAAAUGGUGUGAAUGGUACUCUCCUGGCGGUAUAGAUCAGGUGGUGAGAGUCCUUACAUAAGCGCUAUUUGUUUAUGUCACGACGCGUCCCCGCCGCUAAACCCAGAAGGGCAUCGAGGGAUCAACAACGCGACGUGCGCGUUGAUCGGCCUCGCCAGAGCCUAAAGUUGAUUUAUUCUCUUUCACAUCUUCGCCCUUCGAAGAACAAGACCAUCCCACAUUCCUAUCAUCGACCCUGAUCUUCGUCCAUCCCGUCCCUAUCGCAUCAACGGUCGCCUUCCUGACAACGGGCUGGAAUCCUUAUCCCUCGACACUGGAUUGAUCGCACUGUCAAAUUCCGGCCCCUCCCUGCCCAAAAUCUCGCGUGGGCUGAUCUCGUUCACGUCCACACCUUGGAGGGGGGAUCUACCCCUUGCACGCCGGUUCUUCCCUUGGUUUUCCCUGGGGACUCUAGGACGAAAAACCCGCUCUCAGACAUUGGCCGUGCAUUGUUCUGCGCCCUCGCGAAACACGCUCUAUCGACAUCAUCAUCCCAUCAUCUUAUCGUCCUGGCUGCUGCAACUCUAAAUGCCUGGGUCGCCAUCCUGAAACAUUCCGACGCGACCCUUCGAAACACCACACCAAAAGAAGAGAAAGACAUCGCACGCCUAGCCUCGUCACUUGGACGCGCGCGUCUUUUUUGGUAGUCCCCGUGACCCCGGAGGACCAAUACCACGGAAUUCCUGUUGCCUCGCGAUGAGUGGGUGAACCGCGAUUGCCCUCUAUUUUUGUUUGGCUGUUUCCUUGCCACUUUUUCGGCUGCGCCUUCCCAGCAUUCCAGUGUACUUCUUGCUGCGUGCCUGCCUUGGGCCAUCAACCGCAUCGUCAUCCUGUUGACUCACCCUGGGGUUGGACGCCUACCCACACAUUCGCUCUUGACCGUGUUUUUCCGCCCCUCUGAAGUCGCGUCAGAGGUGCCCUUGUUCUUGUUGUGGAGGAUUUUGGGGAAGAGAACAUCACCACUCAACAACGUCGAAUAUCGCAGUAGUCGGAAUCGUCCCUGAAUCGCGGUCAUUCAGGUUGGUUGGAAAGAUUGAGACCCUGUCCAUCCGAUUAAAGUGAGAGAGAUCCAAGUAUCAUUCUGGACUUUUGCGCGGCACGUCCAGCAAACAUUCCCCAAAAUGGUUGCGACCUUCUCACCUCAUCGGGACUCCGGAGGGACCCUUCAUCUCUCAUCUCACUCGCCCCUCCAUCACGUCGAUGCCAGUUCCGCGAUCAGGCAGCUUCGGCGCUCUCUGUCGCGCUCGCCUUCGAAGAGCUCGAAUUUCUUCCUCAGCUCACGAGCUCACUCUCCAUCAAAGUCCGCCGCAUACGUCUCUUCACCGCUAUCACCCUCCCGACGAUCCUCUCAGAACAACUUUGUCCUCUUCCCUUCCACUAGCCAACAGUCCCCUCUCGCAGUUCCGUAUCCUCCUAGCGCAAAGAUCACUCGCCCGGUUAUGCGGCGAAGAACGUCUCCUCGCAGUCCGGCCAAAUGCGCGCUCGCAGUGUCCGCUGAUGGAGGUAACGCAGUCUCAUCUCACCCCAUUGCUAUUGCGCCAGGUGAGGAAAACGCGUUGACGCUGGACGACUUGGCCGAUCCAAGUGAGAGCAACUCUUGCGCCAAUCCUUCUCUCAGCACCACCCCGACUGCCCCGCUCCCUGAAUCAACUUUUGGGCCCCGCCCUACCUUGUCGCGCAUUGAAAAGCGUCGCAGUGGUACCUUUGGGUCCCUUGCGACGGUCAGUCCCUUGAAGCGUAGUGACGGCAUCAUGAAUUUGGACCAGGCUUCCCGAGGUAGUCCCUCGGCGAAACGACGCAGUGUUUAUGCCUCGAACUUCGCGGCGGAAUUUAGCAUAUUCGACCAUGAGAGUGAGACUGCGCCUGCCAGUCCGGCUGGAAAUGGCGAUGAAGCUACCUCUUACUUCCCGACUCCAAUUCAACCGCAGAAUCCUUUCGCAACCAUUCCCAAGCGAUCCUCUUCACUUCGUCGCUCCACGCUUCAGCAACGUCAGGUAGAGCGUCCUCUUUUUGGCCGACCUAGAGGUUUGGGUGACUCCGAAGCCUCACCUGGCACCCCACUCGCAGUUCGACCUCGCAUGUCCUUCGACAGCGGGCUUUUCCAAUCGAGUCAAGAAUCUCCUUCCCUCUUUUCUCCUCGCCCUCCUCCUGCCAGUCCUAUCUUUUCUCCCACCACUACCUCUUUCAAUCCCUCCACGACGAACUUUGGAAUCUCUCAGCCUCCUCGACCUACUGCUCACCCUCUCUCUCGCACCAUCACUCAGUCAUCCUCCGGGUCGAGCCUGGAAGACUCGCCCACCCACGAACAUGCUCAGAAACCUGAACGAGGCCCCCGACCAAUCAUGAACUUUUCUAAAUCACUUCCAGCUGGCGCCACGCGCCCUGCGCCAGUGCGCCGGGUGACUCGCGAAGAGGCUAGCUCAAACGAGUCCUUCGCGACACCGGAGAACUACAAGCUGGUCAAGCCUUUGCCUGCUGCGUUCAUGUCCACUGGGUUGAUCUCCAAGAAGAACCGCAACGCAGAUGACUUGAACGGUGGUGGCUUCAACAAAAACAUGCCAGACACCCCGUGUAAGCGUCCAGUCAAUCUGUUUGCGGCAGACUCUCCCAUCCCUGAGGGGUUCUUCAACAAGUCGCAAUUCGGUCGACAGCCCGAGGCAGUUCCCGCGUCUCCAUUCAACCCACCUGGCUCGUCCGUUCGGCCUAAACCGGGUCCGUUUGCCCGUGGAAUGGGCAUUUUUGGUGAGAGUUUUGCGCGUCCUGAAGCGUCGCGUCGCGGAAGCAUCGUGAGCGUGGAUGGUGACGACAUGCUGCUAGCCCAGUCCCCCUCGUCGCGUCCCGACAGUCAGCCCAUGACCGAUUCCGAUCUCCCUCCGACUCCAACCAAACAAACCUUCCUCCCCUCUCGCACUUAUCCCCCCGCCACCUCUCAGAUAGCCUCUCUAGAGCGUCUAUCUGAAUCGAGGGGCAGCGCCACUUCCACUCCCCUGCGGGAUCGUUUCUUGCAGGCCUCGACUACUCCUCGCACGCCUCGUGACCAGUACUUCCCUCCCGACCCUAGUGGCUUGUCCAUUUCCGUGCCGAAUGAGCCACAGCCUAUUGAACCCGACUUCGGUAGCAGCAUCAACCUUCCUGCUACCCCGACUGGUCCUCGCGAGUCUUUCAUUUCGAGCAAGCGACCCAGCCUCCAGGUCAGUGGGUACCAGGCUCCCGAUGUCGACAGUAGCUUGACUUCCCGUUUUGGAAAGGUUGAGCUCGUCGGCACUGGUGAAUUCUCUCAAGUGUUCCGCGUCGCUGAGCCACAGAACACGUCUUUCUCCUCUGUUUUCUCUCUUCCGUCCAACGGGUGCCAGGCACCGACCGACGUGGCCCACCAAGUUUGGGCUGUGAAGAAGAGCAGGCAGCCCUACACGGGGUUGAAAGACCGUGAGCGUCGUAUCCGCGAGGUCGAUAUACUGAAAGCGCUGGUCAACUCGGACCACGUCGUGAAUUUCAUCGAUAGCUGGGAGGAACACCGCCACCUUUACAUUCAGACAGAGUAUUGCGAGGAGGGUAGCCUCGAUGUCUUCUUGGCCCAGGCCGGCCUGAAGGCGCGCAUCGAUGACUUCCGGAUUUGGAAGAUCCUCUCCGAGCUCGCUUUAGGAUUGAAGCACAUCCAUGAUAAGGGCUUCAUCCAUCUCGACCUGAAGCCUGCCAACAUUUUGGUCACUUUCGAAGGUGUUCUCAAGAUUGCUGACUUUGGUAUGGCCACCCGCUGGCCUGCCGAGAGGGGCUUUGAGGGCGAGGGCGACCGCGAAUACAUUGGUCCUGAGAUCCUGAUGGGUCGCUUCGACAAGCCUGCCGAUAUCUUCUCCCUCGGUUUGAUCAUGUUUGAGAUCGCCGGUAAUGUGGAGCUUCCCGACAAUGGAGUGUCUUGGCAGAAGCUUCGCAACGGUGAUAUGAGUGAUGUGCCCAGUCUGACCUGGAGCUCGGAAACUAGUAUCUUCCGUGAUGCCUCUGGCAAUCCUAUCUCUGAGGAGCCGUCUUUCGAAGAGCUCUUUGCAUCUGAUCUCGGUGGUCACGAUUUCGAUGGCGAUUUCCUGGCUGGCCGCAAAGCCAGUUCGCACAACUCCUCCCAAGUCGCUCGCAGCGGCGAACUUGUCCACCCCCCCGUCUUUAUGAUCGAUGCUCGCCACAAUCAAGCUUUGGACAGAAUUGUUCGCUGGAUGAUUUCCCCCGAUCCUGUGGAUCGACCUACUGCCGAUCAGAUUCUAGAAACCUACGGUGUGCAAUUCGUGAACCGUCGCCGUCGCGCCGGUGCUACCGUUUUUGAGGGCAACUGGGGCCCUGCCGACGAGAUCUUGGCUGAAGAUGCCGAGAUGAUCGAUGUGUAAUCUAUCUCCCCUUUUCCAAACUUCUUGUGCAUAUGGAAGGUGUUACGUGUUGUCGAUUUCUCUUUUUUUUCCUUUGUCAUAUGUCGUUCUGGCGUCGAUACGAGCGCUUUGCUCUUCUUCUUUUCAGGCCACGUUAACUGAUCAUGACCAUUUCCUUUCUGUUUCUUUCCAACCUUUGGCUUCUCGGGUCGAAGUCGUUACAUUCCAACUGGUCUCUCGUUUGUGAUAUCAUCUCGAUCCUAGGAAUUUGGGUCUCAUCACAUUUCCCACCACCAGUUUCCCGGACCUAUGUCCAUACUUUAUCAUGACCCGGUGGAGUUUUGCAACGGGUGCAAUACCCGGAGUUCAGCGCGGCGUUCCUCUAUUCUUUCUGAGGCGACUUGUUUCUAUUUCCAUACCAUCAUUUCCUUUGUACCAUUGCCCAGCAUUACUAAGUGCAACGAAUGUAUUAACGUCCCCUAUAUCACCCAUUCCUCCAAUUUCAUGAGAUACCAAGGCUAGUUUCGUCUGAUCCCAGUGGUCCUUACAUCUCUGAUGUGCCGAUUAUUUGUAAAUUCUUUUUCUGCUAUCUGAGCUCCCGUCUAAGUUUGUUGUGGAAUUUUGGUUCGCAUUACCGGAACUUUCUGUUCGCCGCUUGGCCAAGUCUCCUUGGAGAUUCCUGUGGGGAUACCCCUGUAUGGCUUGUCAGCCGUUUGGCUAAAACCGCAUGAAUUGCUUCCUGCGAGCUUUCCUGUCGUUGAAGUGAUCCUGGGGCUUGGCUUUUCUUUUCAAUCUUGUACUCUGUUCCACCUAUCUGUCUGAGCAACGACGAAUGACCCUACGGCCCGCCAUGCUACCCUGCCUGGCUUUUGCUUUUUGUCCUCUGUGUGGCCAGAUUAAAUCCAUGUUCAUGUCUAGGCAGCUUAAAUUCCAACGAUAUCCCAAUG